CUCGUGCUGUUUCCGCUCCGCUGCCGCGAAAAAAUUUUGCCGGCCCCCUAACUCUAGCGCAGUACGCGUGGGGUUUACAAGAAAACCAUGGUGAACAUACAUGUUUCGUGCAUUCAUGCUGUAAUUCUUUAUGUAUUGCUCUUGAGCAUUGUACAGAUAGGGAGUGCGCAGUACCGAAGGAAAGAUGCACAAACGUUAGGGGAACGUGUUCAGCAACUUACGGAAAUGAGCUUGAAGCGUCCUGUGAUCCGAUUCAAUGGAGAAAAGUUCCGACAAUUUGUGAAGGCUUCCCCUAGGAACUACUCAUUCAUCAUCAUGUUGACAGCUCUUUCUCCACAACGUCACUGUUCAAUAUGCAGGCAAGCAAAUGAGGAAUUUCAAAUUGUUGCUAACUCCUGGAGAUACUCCCAAGCAUACUCAAACAAGCUCUUCUUCGGCCUAGUAGACUACGAUGAGGGUUCGGAUGUGUUUGUUUCACUUGGUCAGAACUCUGCUCCAGUUUUCUUGCACUUCCCUGACAAGGGAAAACCAAAGAAAGGUGAUAGCAUGGAUAUUCAGAGAAUUGGAUUUGCUGCUGAGACUAUUGCACGCUGGGUUGCUGAACGAGCAGAUGUGCAUAUACGAGUGUUCAGGCCUCCAAGCUACUCAGGUACCAUAGCUCUGGUCAUCUUGUUUGCACUCAUCGGAGCACUACUGUAUAUGAGACGCAACAAUUUGGACUUUCUCUACAACAAGACGUCUUGGGGAAUUGCAGCACUGUGCAUUGUAUUUGCCAUGACAUCUGGCCAAAUGUGGAACCACAUUCGAGGACCUCCUUUCAUGCACAAGACAAAUCGUGGAGUCGCUUACAUUCACAGUAGCAGCGGUGGACAACUGGUUGUGGAAACAUAUAUCAUUAUUGUCAUCAAUGCAGCUGUUGUUUUUGGAAUGAUCCUCAUUAAUGAAGCUGCAGAAUCCAAGGGGGACUCCAAAAAACGAAAAAUCAUGGCAAUCGUUGGUCUAGUCCUGGUAGCCCUUUUCUUCAGCUUUCUACUAUCAAUAUUCCGAUCCAAGGCUCAUGGUUAUCCAUACAGCUUCCUGUUCAAAUGAAGGAGGGACAGUUUGGGCAGCGCUGGACAUAGUCUGUGUCAUUCGGGAUAGGUUCACACACCCUUAUCCAAGUCCACCACCAUCGAUCUUGUUUUGUGUACAUAGGGCAUUGCAACUCGUGUUUUCUCGUAAUAAAGCCACAAGCGUAUU